AACCUUUUGAACCUAUUUCAUUUUUAUUUUAUUUUAUUGUCGUAAUAAUACUAAAUAUUAUGGUCAAUUACUGUUCUUAUUAUUAUUAAUUUUUCUUUUAGAUUAUAAACUUCUAUAUAUAUGUUUCAACGUGCAAUAUGUCCACGUAUGAAGAACUAAGUGAAAAUUUAACAGCUCAAGUUUACGAAUUAGAAGCAUUACAAUCUGUUUAUCCAAAAGAAUUAGUAAUUGGCGAUCAUGGAGUAUUGGCUCAUAUUAAUGAGUUCAUUAAAAAUCCUAUGAACGAAGUGCCUCAAAAAUUGGAAUAUUCAAUUGAAAUUUCAUUAAAUGAUGGAUCAAUAGAAUUAUUAAUUAGUUUAUCAUCUAACUAUCCUAAAGAAAAACCAGAGAUUUAUGCAAGAAGUUCUUUUCUCAAUCGAAGUCAACAGUUGCUUUUGAAUCAAUCAUUAAAUGAUAUUCUUAAGCAGCAAAAGGAGAAUGAACCUUGCAUUUAUAUGUUAAUAUCAUGGCUGCAGGAUAAUGGUGAAAAUUAUCUUACAGAAUCUAAUAAAAAUAAAGAUAAAAAACUUAAUAAUAAAAACAAGAACAAAGAACAUGAGAAACCUACAAAUUUUUCCAGAUAUUGGAUUUAUAGUCAUCAUAUAUAUAGUAAAUUUAAAAGAAAGAAAGUAAUUGAUUUAGCACAAGAAAAUUGCCUUACAGGUUUUUGUUUGGCAGGAAAACCUGGAGUAAUUUGUUUGGAAGGUGCUUUAGAAGAUUGUGUUUAUUGUUGGCAAAAGAUAAAAUCAAUGAAUUGGCAGAAAAUAUUAUUACAAUUAGAAGAGAGAGAGGAAGAUUGUAAAAACAUUGAUGAAAUGCGUAAAUUCAGCAAUUUUCAAGAGAUAUCAUUUAAUAGUUCAGGACGUCAUAAUGAUAUGGGUCAAUUAUUAAAAUAUUUAAUGGAACAUACAUUGCAAUAUGCAUUUAAAGAAUUGUUUGGUAUUAGUGGUAAAUCUACUCAAAUAUAAGAUUAAUAAAUAAAUAUUAUCAUGUAAAUAAAUAUUUAUAGAAAAGAAAAUACA